AAAAAAGACGAGGAAUCAAUCCAAGGAUUCAAGGAUGAGGCCAGCCAUGCGCUGAUGCGUAGCAGGCAGCAGCGUCUCCUGGAUUUGUGGUGGUUGACAUUCCAAGGUUGUCCCUUUAGAGGCCAUGAUGAAUCUCCAGAGUCAAUAAAUAGAGGUAACUUUAUUGAAAUGGUCAAGCUUUUGGCUUCCUAUAACACGGAGGUUAAUGAGGUUGUUUUGAAAAAUGCUCCCAAAAAUGCAAAAUACACUUCACCUGAUGUCCAAAAGGAAAUUCUAAGCAUACUUGCUCGAAAAGUGCAGAAAUCAAUUAGAGAAGAAAUUGGCAAUAGCAAAUUUUGCAUAAUGGUUGAUGAAGCUCGAGAUGAGUCCAAAAAAGAGCAAAUGGCGAUAGUCCUCCGAUUUGUCAACAAGGAAGGCCUUAUAAAGGAGCGUUUCCUUGAUCUGAUCCAUGUUAGUGAUACUACAGCUUUGACACUUAAAGAGUCAAUUUGUGCUGUCCUCUCAGCUAAUGGCCUAAGCAUACAAGAUAUAAGAGGUCAAGGUUACGAUGGGGCCAGUAACAUGAGAGGGGAGUGGAACGGAUUGAAAGCUCUAAUUCUCAAUGAGUGCCCAUAUGCAUAUUAUAUUCAUUGCAUGGCUCAUCAGCUUCAGUUGGCCCUCGUAGCAGCAUCAAGGGAGGUACAUGAGGUACACAAUUUUUUUCAGCAUGCAAAUUUCAUCAUAAAUGUUGUUAGUACUUCUCCUAAGCGCAACGAUGAGUUGCUAGCAAAACAAGCAGAGGAAAUUGCCCAUGAAAUUGAAUUGGGAGAGCUUGACACAGGACAAGGGGAAAAUCAGAUUUCCUCCCUACAAAGGCCAGGGGACACUAGAUGGAGUUCCCACUAUAGGUCUAUUCUAAGCUUAAAGAAGAUGUUUGGUGCCACAGUUUCAGUCCUACGCAACAUUGCUAAUGAUCGUUCAGUUUCAAAGUAUUCUCGGGGAGAUGCCAGUGGUGCCUUACGAAUCAUUGUCACAUUUGAUUUUGUGUUUAUUCUACUCCUAAUGGAAAAGAUUAUGAAGAUCACUGAUGUAUUGUGCCAGACACUCCAAAAGAAGAGCAUUGAUAUCUUAAAUGCGGUGGAUUCUGUUUCUACCACAAAAGUGUUGCUUGGUGAGUUGCGAGAUAAUGGUUGGGAACCUCUUCUUGAGGAGGUCAAAUUAUUUUGUGGAAAGCACGAAAUUGAUAUUCCGGAUCUGAGUAAGAAGUAUGUUGAUGUGACUAAAUCUCGAAACAAGAACGACAACACCACAGCCUUUCACCAUUACAAAGUAGAUGUGUUUAAUGUUGCAAUUGAUCAACAACUAGCAGAGUUAGAAGAUCGAUUCAGUUCUCAAGCGACAGAGCUUUUGUCCCUUUGUGCUUCUUUGGAUCCUAGGCUGGACACAUUCAACAUAGACAAUAUAUGCACUCUGGUGGAAAAAUAUUAUCCUGCUGAUUUCUCAAGUCAAGAAAGAGCUCAAUUAGAGUGUCAGCUACCACAUUUUCAAAUUGAUAUAUGCAACAGUCCAGAACUAAAGGAAUUAUCAACACUUGCUGAUCUAACAAGUGGACUAUUUAAAACAGGAAAAUAUUCAUCUUAUCCUAUGGUGGACAGGUUAUUAAGAUUAGUAUUAACUCUUCCAGUAUCAACUGCAACCACCGAAACAUGCUUUUCAGCUAUGAAACUUGCGAAGACACGUCUCAGAUGUACAAUGGGAGAUGGAUUUCUGCGAGAUUGUUUGGUAAUUUAUAUUGAGAAGGAAUUGGCUGCAUCAAUCAGUACUGAUGAUAUUAUUACAGCAUAUGAUCUUGCUGCUAGUCGAAGAACUAAAUUUAAAUUGAUAGAUAUGUAA